AUGGACAUCGCCCGCACGUCCAUGAUUCAUGCCCGUGCGCCCCAUUUUCUGUGGCCUCACGCGGUUCGCUACGCCGCACACCAGCUGAACCUCCAGCCGCGUGUCUCGCGGCCCGAGGCUUCACCGACCAGUCUCUGGACUGGAUCCCCUGGUGUUGGGUCGGCCUUUCGAGUCUGGGGCUGCCUUGCACUUGUUCGCGACACCUCCGCGGACAAGCUCUCGGCACGCGCCGUCCCCUGUGUCUUCCUUGGUUUCCCAGUGGACUCUGCUGACUGGUCCUUUUACCACCCUCCCCUCCACCAGUUCCUAGAUUCCCGUGACGUCCGGUUUGACGAGUCCGUGUCCUACUACACCCGGUACCCCUGUCGAGGUCUCCCGGUACCCCCUCCCCCUCUCUUCCUCGCACCCUCUCCUCCUCCUGCUCCCGCUCCUCCGGUAGCGUCUCCCUCCCCGCAGUCCUCCUCACAGUCCCCUCAGCAGCCUUCGGCACUUCCGCGACAGGUUAUUGUGGACUCGGUUGGUGUUGGAGCUGGAGGUGCAGCCGCUGGCGGUGCUCGGUCUGGGGGUGCUCGGUCGCGGGGUACUGGAGCUGGAGGUGCUGGCGCAGGUGACGCUAGCUCUGGGGGUGCUGGAGCUGGAGGUGCUGGCGCAGGUGGCGCUAGCUCUGGGGGUGCUGGAGCUGGAGGUGCCGGCACUGGAGGUGCUGGUUCUGGGGGUGCUGGAGUUGGGGGUGCUGGCACUAGCGGUGCUAGUUCUGGGGGUGCUGGAGUUGGAGGUCCUAGCACUGGCGGUACUGGUUCUGGGGGUGCUGAGUCUGAGGAGACUGACGCUGGAGACCCUGGUUCUGCGGAGUCCACCCCGCCCCCCCACCGCCACGACACGCGUCUCCAGGCUGCCCGUCGGUGUGAGCGUGAGGAGCAGGAGCGGUUGGAGAGGGAGCGGCAGGAGCUGCGGGUGCUGGACCUUCUGGAGCAGCAGCGGCAGCAGCAGCAGCAGCAGCAGCAGCAGCAGCAGCAGCAGCAGCAGCAGCAGCAGCAGUAG